AUGUUCAAGCGGCGCGACUGGGUGCCGUCACGCGACAACCAGGACGACAGUGACAGUGAAUUGAGUGAUGAGGACAGAGAAGGUGAGGGUAGCAGCGAAGAGGGUACAUCUUUGCUGGAGGACAGCGGUGGCUCUGGGGAUGACAUCAUUGAAUUGGACACAGAAGAGGAGCUCGAGGGUGUGAUACGGGACUGGAUGGAUGCAUCAAAGGAUGAAUCAGUGAAGGGUGUGGCGCUGCGGUGCGCACUUUGUGAUAGACUCCUCCUUGGGGCGCUAACCUUCAGGCAGCACAUAGCAUCCAAGAACCACAGAAAGAAGAUGAAUGCAUGGGACCCAGAGAAUUGCAGGGAGCCCACUGAUCCCAUUGAGUUGGCAGGCAGGAUGCCAAAUGAAAAGGAAGGUGAGACAAUGGAAGAUUAUAUGCAAAGGCUGGAACAGGCUACCCGAGGGUUUGAAAUUCAGCCAGAAAAGAUGGCAGCCCCAGCGGCUAACGGACAGCAGCCCCGAUCGACAGUUUCUACACUGAAUGGAGGCGGCACCAAUCCCGGGCAUCACCGGCGGUCUCAACCUUCUAAGAAGAAACGAGGUCGGAAGGAAGAACGCUCGGCGUCGUCCAAAGGAAAAAAAAGGGGCAGGACGUUUGGAAAAAAGGAAAGGCAAAAGGCGAGAAAAGGAUAUGGAACAACGGAUUAA